AUGGCCCAACAACAAAAUGACAAUGUGAUGAGGAGGAAACUCGUGAUCAUUGGCGACGGUGCCUGUGGAAAGACCAGUCUUUUGAGCGUGUUCACACUAGGUUACUUUCCCACGGUGCCUACGGUGUUUGAGAAUUACGUGACCGACUGCCGCGUUGAUGGCCGAUCGGUGCAGUUGGCCCUUUGGGAUACGGCAGGUCAAGAAGAUUAUGAGCGCUUGCGACCGCUUGCAUAUUCCAAAGCACACGUGCUCUUGAUCGGAUUCGCGGUCGAUUCGCCAGAUUCGUUGGAGAACGUGAAGCACAAGUGGAUCGAAGAGGCCAACGAACGGUGCCCCGGUGUACCCAUCAUUCUCGUCGGCCUCAAGAAAGAUCUCCGCGAAGAUCCGUUAGCCAUCGAAGAAAUGCGCAAAAAGUCUCUCAAGUUUGUGACAUCCAAAGAGGGUACCGAGACGGGGGCGCAAGUCGGUGCGCGCAAAUACCUCGAGUGUUCCUCCUUGACGGGCGAGGGUGUGGACGAUGUCUUCGAGGCGGCGACUCGAGCGGCACUGCUCUCGUUCGACAAGCGUAAAAGCUCCUGCUGUAUUGUUCUAUAA